AAUCAGUUUUCUUAACAUAUAACUAGAAACUAGGGUAUAUAUGCCUUGUUGUCAUCACCCUAAUAAAUGAGUGGUACCACUUUUAUUUUACUUAUAAUAGCUUAAGCUUAUAGCCACAUUCAUUCCUCUCAUAGUUGCACAUCAUUCUUGUUAUCAAUUCAACCAACCAUGUCAUCAUCUUCCAAAAGUCUGAAAAUUGGCAUAGUUGGGUUUGGCACCUUUGGCCAAUUUUUGGCAAAUACAAUGAUUAAACAAGGUCAUACUCUAACUGCAACUAGUAGAACAGAUUACUCUCAACUUUGUGAUCAAAUGGGAAUCCAUUUCUUCAGGGAUAUUACAGCAUUCCUUGAUGCUGAUAUGGAUGUCAUAUUGUUAUGCACAUCUAUUUCAUCACUAUCUGAGGUUGUCGGAUCGAUGCCACUCGCUUGUCUGAAGCGACCAACACUUUUUGUUGAUGUUCUUUCAGUCAAAGAGCACCCAAAGAACCUUCUAUUAAAGGUAUUGCCAGAGGAGUCAGACAUACUCUGCACGCACCCAAUGUUUGGACCAGUGAGUGGGAAAAACGGCUGGCAAAAUCUGACUUUCAUGUUUGAUAAAGUUCGAAUAAAGGAUGAAGUUACAUGCUCUAAAUUUCUUCAAAUUUUUGCAAGUGAGGGUUGCAAGAUGGUAGAAAUGUCAUGUGAGGAACAUGACAAAGCAGCUGCAAAGAGUCAAUUUAUCACACACACAAUAGGAAGGACAUUGGCAGAAAUGGAUAUUAAAUCCACUCCUAUUGACACCAAGGGCUUUCAAACACUUGUUGAGUUGAAAAAACCUGUCAUGGGUUGUAGUUUUGAUCUGUAUAGUGGAUUAUUCGUGUACAACAGAUUCGCCAGACAAGAGCUGGAAAACCUUGAACAUGCUCUACACAAAGUCAAAGAGAUGCUCGUCCAAAGGAUCGAUGAAGGACAGAACCCAGAAAGAACUGAGAGUUGAUAGUGAUACACAACGUUUUAUGUGGAAGACAUAUGAAGGAACUAUUUAUUUCAAAUUUCCUCUUGUAACCCCUGCCAUAUGUUCAAUAAAGAUUAUCUGAUAUUCUCUUUCAUUGCAUAUACAGAGUAAUUUCAGAAAGUAAAAAAAAAAAAUGCCUAUAAGUAAAACCAUUAGACUCAAAAUGGUUUUCACUUAACUGGAUUCAUGAUUUCAA